UCACACGUAGGGCGCUUAUAUAGGGCGCAGCACGGCUAUUGGGACCGAGCCAUUUUCUCUUGCUGUGAGGAGAAAGACAGCGUCAUGGCUUUGAGUGUACAGCCUGUUCAGUGGACCGCCGACUACAAGGACAAAAGUUACGACGGCGUCCUUUUGGUGGCACAGAACUUCGAUGGCCUUCCCAGUGAGCUGGAGGACCUGAAAGCUGCUUUAAAGGAGUAUAGUACUGUGGACAACUCACUGGUGGACAAUGUGGUCGUCCUGAAGGCUGUCGGUUUGCCCGGAGACAGGCUGGUGUUCUCCCCCACAGGACCCCUCAACCGGGACUACGAUGACGUCAGGCGCUUCAGCGAAGCCGCCGAGAAGGGCAUCAAGAGGGCGAUGAAGGCGGGUAUGCAGCGUCCCCUGCUGGUGUGUCCUGCACACAGCACUUAUAAGAUGAACACCUUGGCGGCCGUUCUGGGAGCCUUACACGCUCUGUACCUGCCCCUCGAGCUGCGGGAGGUGAAAUCUUCACCUUAUAAAGUGGCAGUGUUGGGUGUGUGGGUGAAAGACAAGGCUGAGGGUGACGACUUCAUCCAGCUCGCCACAGCUUUGGAGAGCGGAAGGGUAGUGUAUCGGGACAUCGGCGGCUCCGAUCCAGAGCGUAUGGCUGCACCACGUGUAGCUGAUUACGUGCAGGAAGUGUUCAAGGACACCUGCGUACAGGUGAAGGUGGUGAGUGAUUUGAGGACACUGGAGAAGGAGUAUCCGUGUUUAGCUGCAGUUAAUCGCUGUGCUAACAAUGUGCAACGUCAUCAGGCACGAGUGAUUCAUCUUGAGUAUUGUGGGGAAGGAACCAUUCAGGAGACACUUAUGCUGGUGGGCAAGGGCAUCACUUAUGACACGGGGGGAGCCGACAUCAAGGCUGGAGGAUUCAUGGCUGGCAUGCACAGGGAUAAGUGUGGAUCUGCUGCUGUAGCUGGCUUCUUCCAGACCCUGAGCAAGCUGAAGCCCAAACAUCUGAAGGUUGUAGGUUCCAUGGCGAUGGUGCGCAACAGUGUGGGUUCAGACUGCUACGUGGCUGAUGAGCUGAUCGUAUCUCGAGCUGGACGCAGGGUACGUGUUGGAAACACUGACGCUGAAGGGCGCAUGGUCAUGGUGGACCUGCUCUGUGAGAUGAAAGAAAAGGCAGUGAACGAAGUCUCUCCACAUCUGUUCACCAUCGCCACCCUGACCGGUCACGCCAUAAGAGCCAUGGGACCCAAUUACUCUAUCAUCAUGGAUAACGGAGCGGCACGUCGCGAAGACAAUGCCUUAAAGUGGCAGAAAGCGGGAGAGGUUUUGGGAGACGUGUUCGAAGUGUCCACUAUCCGUAGGGAGGAUUACGAGUUCCACAAAGGGAAGUCUGAGUACGAGGACGUCCUACAGAGUAACAAUCUGCCCUCUUCUGCCACGCCACGUGGACACCAGGCUCCUGCAGCCUUCCUCAUCAUGACCUCCGGCUUAGACAAGCAUGGAGUGGACUCUGAGAAACCUCUCCCCUAUUCUCAUAUCGACAUUGCUGGUUCCAGUGGUCCUUUCCCAGGAGUCCCUACUGGAGCUCCUCUUCUCGCCAUGGCAAUCAAAUACAUCCUUCAGAAGUGACGUGCCUCCCAUCCAUCAUUUCACUUCACGGUCCCUGCCGUCCGUGUCCAUUUAAUCCAUUUCAAGUAUUCGUGUAUCCUGUGAAAUCCUAUUCUUCUAUGAAUUACGACUUCUGUCUUCCAUCAACACAAUGCUGUAAACGAAACAGCGAGAACUGACCCGCAUUUACACUUAACCCAUUAAAUGGUCCGGGUUUAUAUCUGACGUGUGAAAACAUGUGGUUCGGUUCCAGCUUGUGAUGGUCCUCACGUCAGUUUUUUCAUCUACAUAUGUAUAAUUCGCUAAGUCUGUGUUAUUGAAGUGCUAUCACUCCAUCCCCAGUCUCAUCCCUACAGUCCUUUCCCUCUCACCUUUCCUGAACAAGAUCUGUACAAAAAAAAACAACAACUCAGGGAUGACGAUAAAUUUGAAAAGUGCAUUUUGUACAACUUGCUUUGUUGUGUAUGAACCACAUAAAUCUCAAAUAAAUCUGUGGCAAGAAAAAAAAA